AAAAUGUCAAAACAGAUCAAAGAGUUAGGUUUUCCUUUUAUUUUAUCUAUAUUUUUCUUCUUUAUUUUUAAUGUUUUUAAAAAAGAAUUACUAGUAUAAACCUUAAUACCUUGUUAAGCGCACAACACUUGUAAGCCAAAAUUCAUUCCAUUUACUCCGAUUCUCAAGUUCCUCACCACACACUUUCUCUCUCUCUUUCCACAAUCAUACUACCCACAUUUCUAAAAGCCCACCACACCACUCCCUAAAAUGCUCAAACUCCUCAACAAAAACGUCCGGCUUCUUUGCCGCCGUCUCCGGUGGUCCUCCCGCCGUCACUCCAACCCCAAAAUCGUCAUCAAAAAGUUCCCUAAACCCGACGACUUCGACCCUCAUUUUAACCACUAUAAUGAUAACAAUAACAAUAACAAUAACAACAAUAAUAACGAUGAUAGCAUUCAGUUGAAACCACUGAACCCAAAACACGCGACCGUGUACCCGAACACUCAAAUGAGUAAUACCCGAAAACCAAUCCGAAUCGCUACAUUCAAUGCUGCCCUUUUUUCUAUGGCACCCGCCGUCGUUCCAAACUCCGACGAUUUUUCCAGAUUCCAAAAACGUCCCUCUCAAAGCUUCAAGGCUAAAUCAUUAAAUGAUCGCCCUAAAAGCAUCCUUAAACAAUCUCCUCUACACCCAAGCACCAAAUCUAAUAGUAAUACCCAAAACAACAGCAACAAUAGCAGUAAUAAUACUAAUGCUGCUGCUGAUUGUUUAACAAAACAACAGAAAUUCGCAAAAUCAAGAUUAAGGGUAUCGAUCAAUUUGCCUGAUAAUGAGAUAUCCCUAGGGCGAAGCCGAAGAAUCGGGUUCGCCGAAGAGGGAAGUACGCCUACGAGGUGUUUAUCAACAGGCCGAAAUGAUACUGAUGGAGGAGAACGAUUUUUGAGGAGUAAUAGAGCAAUCGUUGAUGUGCUGAGAGAGCUUGAUGCAGAUAUACUUGCGCUACAAGAUGUUAAAGCAGAAGAAGAGCGAGAAAUGAAGCCACUAUCGGAUUUGGCUGCUGCAUUAGGAAUGAAUUAUGUAUUUGCUGAGAGUUGGGCGCCUGAAUAUGGAAAUGCUGUUCUUUCUAAAUGGCCUAUUAAGAAGUACAAAGUUCAGAAGAUUUUUGAUGAUACUGAUUUCAGGAAUGUUCUAAAGACAACAAUUGAUGUACCUGAAGUGGGUGAAAUGAAUUUUUACUGCACUCAUCUUGAUCAUUUAGAUGAAAAUUGGAGAAUGAAGCAGAUUAAUGCUAUUAUUGAGUCUAAUAAUGAACCUCAUAUUUUAGCUGGAGGUCUUAAUUCCUUGGAAGAAUGUGAUUAUUCACAAGAAAGAUGGACUGAUAUUGUCAAGUACUACGAAGAAAUUGGAAAGCCUACCCCAAAAACGGAGGUGAUGAGGUAUUUGAAGGACAAGGAGUACACAGAUGCUAAGGAGUUUGCAGGGGAAUGUGAAUCGGUAGUCAUGAUCGCGAAAGGCCAAAGUGUGCAAGGUACAUGUAAAUACGGAACUAGAUUGGAUUAUAUACUAGCAUCUUCAAACCUCGGAUACACAUUCGUGCCCGGAUCAUACGCAGUUACAUCGUCCAAGGGAACAUCGGAUCAUCACAUAGUGAAGGUCGACUUAUUAAAGAAAAAAGAAAACGUUCAAGAAAUUGCCACGAAAAAGAAGCAACAACAACCUAAGAAAAGAGUAGUAAGAAUAACAGCUAGUUCGCCAUCAAAAGGCAUUUGGAGCACAGACAUGAGAUAACCCUAAUUAUAUAAUUUCAAUUUUAUUUUAUUUGAUUUAUUUCUUUCAUUUUUGUAGCUUAAUUAAUGUGUAGAGUUUUUGCUUAUUGUUAAUUUAUAGGAGAGUACAAUAAAUAAUCUGAGUGUGUUACUUGUA